GAGAUGACAGCUACGAAAAAACCCUCAAUUCAUCUCUUUCUUUAUCCUCAAAACAGAACUCAUGUGUGUAUAUGUUCAAAAUAUACACAUCAUGCGCUCAAUAACAACCAUGCACCUGUGUUUACUAAUUUCAAAAAUCACCAGCUUUAUUCUCAACCACUUCAAGGUUUUAUUAUGUUUGAGCUGGGCAGGACUUCUACGGACGCGAAAACUCUUCCUACCAAGAAUUAAUGCAUUUGCAUUCACGGACAAUCUUUCCACAAUUGAUUCUAAAGCUUUUGUGAACCAGAAUUGAUUCUAAGGAAAAAUAAGUUGAUCCAACCAUACUAUUAGUCUUUUUGAAAGUUGUGCACUCCUAAAUGUGGCAGAAAAGGUGCUGAGCCAAAACCGCUUCUUUCACCUCUCUUUAGUGGUGGAACAUUUAUAUAUAUCACUCUUGUGGGAAGACACAAAGGAAGCAAGUUAAACAUAAAAGAAAGAGAGGGAAAGAGCAUCAUGACGAAUCUCAAGGAAACGUUCAUGUCUUCCCAAGCUCUUCUCAGCAUGUUGCUAGUGCAAGUUUUUGCAACUGGGAUGCAACUUCUUUCAAGGGUGAUAUUGGUUCAAGGAACUUUCAUUUUUGCACUACUUGCUUAUAGGCAUCUUGUUGCUGCAGUUUGUGUUUUCCCUCUUGCACUCUACUUUGAAAGGGGUCGUCCAAAGAAUUUCAAUUGGAGAGUUUGGUUUUGGCUCUUUGUUAGUGCAUUAGUGGGGAUGACCACAGCUUUUGGAUGUUUUUAUUAUGGUCUGAGAGACACUUCAGCUACAUACGCUGUCAAUUUUCUCAACUUGGUUCCUAUAUUCACUUUCAUUGUCUCCAUCAUAUGCAGAAUGGAAAGUGUAAGGAUACAAACAUGGGGUGGUCAAGCUAAGUGUGUUGGGGCAAUUUUGUGUGUUGGAGGAGCAUUAGUUACAAGUCUUUACAAGGGAAAAGAGUUUUACAUUCAUCGUGGUAGUCACCACGAUGCUACUCAUGUUGCUGCGGCACACCCGCAUCACAUGCUUCGCGGUACUUUCUUUUUGAUUUUAAGUUGCUUCUCAUUAUCAACUUGGUUUAUUGUACAGGUGCCGUUGGUUAAAGUGUUUCCACUGAGGUAUUGGGGAACAAUGUUAUCAUGUUUUAUGGCAGCAGUUCAAUCUGCAAUUAUAGGUCUAUUCAUUGAUUCUAGUGAAGCUGCUUGGAGAUUAGAGUGGAAUUUGCAACUCUUAACUAUAGUGUAUUCGGGAGCACUGUCUACUGCUGCUACAUUUUGCUUAAUGUCUUGGGCAAUUACAAUCAAAGGACCUACUUAUCCCGCAAUGUUCAAUCCUUUAGCUCUUAUUUUCGUGGCCAUAUCAGAAGCUUUCAUACUUGGGGAGCCACUAACAGUUGGAUUGAUGCUUGGAAUGGUUUUCAUCAUAAUGGGAUUAUACUCCUUUUUGUGGGGCAAAACGAAUGAGAUACCCAAAAUGUCUCAAAAGAAUGUAGGAACUGGAGAAGUAUCAACAACCAUCAAUAUUGAUUCUGGUGUGGCGCAAUCAACAGCUGUAGUAGUACCAUGUUCUUCACCUAUUGAUAGUAGUGUAUUUCUUGAAAUUGAAAAGACAAACAAAUGCUGAAAAUGUAACAUUUUAAUUCCAGGUGAGAUUGAUUUAAGUUAUUGUCCUUAUUUUGCCUUGUAAUUUAAAAACUCAAUAAUAGUGUCAUAUUGAU